AUGGAGGGCUUAGCGAACACUUGGUGGAAACAGGUCAAGAGGAGAAUGGAUGUCGCAGGGUUGACCUGGGAACAGUUUGAGACGUUGUUCAAUGAACAGUACUUCCUUCAGAGUUACAGGGAAGAUAAAACGCUAGAAUUUAUGUCUCUACUGCAAGGAGACAUGUCUAUAAGGGAAUAUGAGGCCAAGUUUAAUGACCUAUCCCGGUUUACGCCAUCUCUGGUAGAGUCUGAACACAUGAGAUGUCUUAAGUUUGAGAAGGGCCUCAAGAACUCUGUGAGGAGAUCCUUGGUGGCUCUAAGACUUCGAAACUUCCGGGAUUUGGUAGCUGCUACUACAAGAGUGGAACGUGAUAACUUGGCCUAUCGCCAAAGCAAAGAAGAAGAGGCGGGUCAAGUCUCUGUCUCUGGUAGACCUUCUGUUUCAGGUGGACCACAGCGGAGUGGUAGAAGAAACCGUAACCAGGGGCAGAUGGCUGGGGAAAUGGCAAGCGGUGGCAGCAGUUCAUCCGGGAGGGACAGAAAUGCUCCAUACGGGCCGAGGUGUCACCAUUGUGGGCAGCCGCCUCAGUAUGCACAGUUCCAGCCUCAAGCGCUGAGACCGGCACAACUGCCUCCACCACAACAGUAUAGGCCUCCGGCUCAACGGCCUAAUGUUGGUGACAGAGGAAAGGGAAAAGUACAGGGACAAGCUUAUGCCCUGGCAGGAGGUAGCUCUGGAGGUCAGACCAGCAACGCGAUGGUUGAGGGUGCCACACACUCUGAGCGAUUGAGCGCUGAUUUGGUUAUCCUUCCGAUGACCCUGUUUGAUGUGAUACUCGGAAUGGAUUGGCUGUCAAGGCACGGUGCAAUUGUUGAUUGCUACCGUAGGAAAGUGACCUUGAUGACGGAUUUCGGAACAGUAAUUUCUUAUCAGGCAGAGAUGAACCCAGUCCUUGGGGAACGACUGUUGAAGUACAGCGUUGGGGGACGGAAGAAUUUAGCCUGUUUCUCCUCCCUUCUUGCCUUAGAAGGUGAAUCUGAAACGAUCAGAGAUAGUGCGGAAAUCCCUGUAGUGGAUGAGUUUACAGAGGUAUUUCCUGAUGAGCUACCUGGUUUACCGCCAGAUCGGGAGAUUGAAUUCUGUAUUAACUUGGUCCCGGGAACGGCACCUAUUUCCAUCCCUCCAUACCGGAUGGCUCCGGCGGAGAUGAAAGAAUUAAGAACGCAACUUGAGAAGUUGGCAGGAAAAUGA